CUGUGCUGCCUGUGCUGCUGCCCCGCUUCGCUUCCUCCGCCGCUCUCGCCCGCAAUAUGCCUCCGCUGCCUGCUGCUGCUGCCUCAUCACCAUGCCGCCGGAGAUCUGCUGCAGGCGCUUCUUUUCCUCCUCCUCGCUCUGCCUUCUGCUCUGGCUGUGGCUGCUCCUGCAAGGCGGCCCGGGCUCCGCAGCCUCCACCACCAGCAGCAGCUCCUCAGUCGAUCUGAGCCUGGGUCGGCGCCCUCGGCAGCAGCAGAAGAAGAUCCCCAGGGCGGCAGUCCCCGCUUCUUCAGCCCCUUCCUCUUCCUCCUCCUCUGUGGCUGCUCCAGGAUCUACGUUUACACUGAAGGUGCAAGUCAAUGACAUAAUCAGUCAUCAGUAUCUACGCCAAGCAGUUGUGGAAAUCUUUGUCAACUACACCAAAACUAAUUCAACAUUCACUGGAAAUAAUGGAGCAGUAUUGAUACGAGUUCCUUAUCAGCUAGGUCUGAGCUUAACAAUUGUGUCUUAUAAAGAUGGUUAUAUGCUAACGCCUCUGCCUUGGAAGACUGGGAGAAUGCCAAUUUAUUCAUCAGUCACACUUUCACUGUUUCCUCAAAGCCAGGCAAAUAUAUGGCUGUUUGAUGAUACAAUUUUAAUUACUGGGAAACUUUCUGAUGCCAAAUCUCAACCAAGUGUUCAGUUUCCAAAAUAUCUGAUUAAGCUUCCCAUCACCCACCACAUCACAAAUAUAACAGCCUACUUGACAGUGCCACACCAAUUUUUAAAAGUGGACCAUUUUCUCUACACAAUAGGAAUCCUUUCAAAUAAGUCAGGUUUCAAGAGUGUUGAAUUAACUCCUCUUGCUGCAAUAUGUGUAAACCUCUUUUCUGCUGGGAAAGAACUGAACGUGGAUGGACCUAUUCAUAUCAUGUUGCCUCUUCUGCCAACAAGUGCUGCAAAAGCAGGGGAUCCUAUCCCAGCAUGGACCUUUGACAUGAAAACUGGUGCUUGGGUAAACCGUGGCUUAGGCAUCGUCAAGGAUGCUGGUGAUCAUCUUGUAUGGACAUAUACAGCUCCAAGCCUGGGCUACUGGAUCGCAGCUCCUUUGCCUGGAGCCAGAGGCUCCAUUAUGAACACAGUUGCCCAGGAUAUAACUGCAUACCACACAGUUUUCCUCACAGCCAUAUUAGGAGGCACCAUUGUCAUAAUCAUUGGGUUCUUUGCUGUUCUCCUUUGCUACUGCAGGGAUAAAUGUCAUUGGUCAAAAAAGAGAAGGAAAAACACCACUAAACUGGAUAUCUUAAGAAAAGAUCAGACAACAUCAACAAGUCACAUGAACCACCUUGGGAUUGCCAAGGUGUCACUGAAACCAGAGGCCAAAUCUCAGUUCUAUUCUUCAAGAAUAGCCUCUUACAGCCCUCAGAGAGGGACGUCAGUGGAAGGUGAAGAGAGGAGAAGCCAUGAUAAUUUUAAAAUCUACAUUGAAGAUGCUUCAUUCCAGCCCUGUGACAAGAAUACCCUUCACAGGAGCUCACCCCAUUCCUUGGAACCCAACAUGGCAGUGAGGCAUUUACAGCCAGCCAACCACACCAAUGGAGGCAUGUCACCCUCUGGAGACAUGCAAGAACCAAACCUAUAUCUCCCAACCAAUGGGGAAAUGUAUGGGAUUUCGGUCCUCCCAGACCAGUUAAUGCAUAUUUAUAGUCAACCCAUUGCCAUUCUUCAAACAGCAGAUCUUUUCAAUACCCCAGAGCAGUUGCAUGCUGCCAAGUCAGCUACUUUGCCAAGAAAAGGACAAUUAAUCUAUAGCCCAAUGAUGGAGCCCCUGAGUCGGGAAGGCUACACUCAGACAUUACCCAAAAUGCCAGUGCAUUCUCACCUUCAGGUGCCAACUUCCAGAGAUGAAACAGCUGCAUUAGACAGGCAACAAGGCCUGUCUCCUCAGGCUGCAAAUUGGGGACGUUACACAAAUAGCUUGUUGGAGUCGGUUUCUGUCCCAGGAACACUAAAUGAAGCUGUUGUAAUGACUCCGUUUUCAUCAGAGCUUCAAGGAAUAUCUGAGCAAACCUUACUGGAACUAUCGAAGGGGAAACCGUCUUCACAUCCGAGAGCAUGGUUUGUGUCCCUGGAUGGCAAACCGAUAGCUCAAGUGAGGCAUUCAUUCAUUGAUCUCAAGAAGAUCAAUGAAGACAGAGCAGGAAGACAGGGCAGGAAGACAGAGAGCAAUGAUACUAGCUUGGACUCUGGAGUGGAUAUGAAUGAACAUAAUCCCAGUCGGAAACUGGAGCGAGAGAAAACAUUCAUUAAAAGCGUACAGCAUUCCAAGGUCCUCUACUUGGAAGACUUGGAUCUGAGUAGUAGCGAAAGUGGAACCACAGUUUGCACGCCAGAGGAUCAGACAGUGAAGCAUAUGCCGGAUGGAGGGAGUGAUCCUGCUAUAGGCCAGCAAGCAGAAGAGAUACCUGAGAAGAAGGACACAGUGGCAGAAGAGCAGAAGGCCAGCCCUCCUCCAGCCAAGAAACGGGCAAGACCACCCUUGUCAAAGAGAGAGAGCAAAACCAAUGUCUGGAAAAAGCGGGAGGAGAAACCACUGGUUCCAAUAAACUGACACCUCUGUUCUUUUGGCUUGUAUGGUAUGCUGUGAAAUUUCCUCCACCCUUCACUUUCUGUUUAUAAACUUGCAGUGUUCACUUUAAGAGAAACAACCAGAACUGGAGAAAAUACAAUAUCUUAUAAAGAGCAGAACAAAUUAACACCUUCACAAGAGCGUGGUAGGGAGUUUCUAGGAAACCAGUUCUUCUUGCUGUGUGCAGUAAUUUUGAGCAGGAGAUUUUUAAAAGAAAGCAAUGGUUUUCUGGCAUAAGAUCUAUGGGCAGCUUGUAUAUUCUUAAGAGUACAUCUCCCCUUGCCUGGUCUGGAAUUUGACAUCUGGGAAAAAGGAAGCACUACUGAAGCUAGAUUGCAUUAUCAAAGGGAAGAGCACAUGGGAUAGCAAUUUGUCUGAUAUUUAUCUUAUUUUUGAUGACAAUGUCAUGAUGUGUAACAAGAUGGAAGCUGCCAUUUUCAGCUGAAAUGAACACUUCUUUGACAUCUUGUAUACUACUGUAUCAGUUUCUGUGUGUUGUUCAAGAGUAGGGGGGAAAUCAGGGACUUGUUAUGCAGAUAAUGUUAUUAAAUGUGCAGGUGUCUGCUUAUCAUGUGCUAUUCUAGUAUUUAUUGAGCCAAAUUGCACUCCACUUUUAGGAGAAAUAGAUUUGCACUGAUGCAAUUGGGGCAUACCUGGCCCUCCAUGUCCAAGAUACAUAUUAUUGUAAAUGUGGCCCAAAGGAUGACGUUGUAGAAAACAUUUCCUCUGGAUGCCCUGUACUAGUUCAUAGCCUUAAAAGAAAAAGAGUUAUUCUGAAGCAAUUUGAAUAUGUGCCUCCUCUUUUUUUUGCUCGCUUUGGCACUCGUCUUAAGUCCAUUGUUGCUUAUGAAAUGUUCCAUUGGAAAACUGUUGGACAUAACUGUGAUCUGAGUAAAUGUAGCCAUAUCCAAAUUUUACUUUUUGCAUGGCCAAAUUGGCCUUGUGAGGCUAAUUUUGUAUUAUGCUAUUUUCCUAAUCUCCUGUCAAGCCGAUUGAAAGGGCAAAGUGAAAGUGAAGAACUGCCAUAGCUCAGGAGUGGAGCACAUGAACUGCAUACAGAAGGCCCCAUUCUGAGGCCUUGUCAACUCCUAGUAUGGCUUGGAAAGAUCAUGUCUAGCCAAAAUAGACUGUGAUAAAGGAUACUGAAGUUUUUGGUUUGACAAUAUUUAGGGAAUCAGGUUUGGAACAGUUGCUGGAUUAAUGGACUGACUGAUUGAAGUCAUCUCCCCAUGAAUGGGCAUUUCUUAUGGCAUAGAAAAGGUCCUACAGAGAACUUGUGUUGAGUUUGUCUGGUAUGUUCUGUCUUUGACACCACAAUCCUAAACACAUUUCACUGGAAGCAGAUUUCAGUGGAAUCUGCUUGUUCAUCAGUUUGACAUAGAUUAAGAUCUAAGGGUCCAAACUGCUUAACUUGAGAGCAAGAGUGAAACAUGUGCCCUUCCUGCCUCAUGAGCCUGGUGUCGUGCCCUCUGCCCCACACCUUUGCAGUGUAGACAACAAUGGUGUUACUAAUCUGAAUUGUGUAAUGCUCAACUUCCCAUAUUUCAGAUGGGAUCUAUUUUUGAAACAUAGCAUAGAACAAGAUUGUAGAAUAUAUGGUGCACACCCAACAUAGCUGACUGUUAGCAAAGCUGUUUGGAGUUGAUGGGAAUCUGAAGGAUUACAUUUUUCCAGCCCUGGCACCAAGCUUCAUUGUCUCAUUUGGUGUCUUUCAAAAAUUGAAACGAACUCUAGGAAGACAGAAGUGAAAGUAGUGAGUACAAUUGUGAAAUUGCCGGGACUAAGGAGUCGAUAUUCUAUAUGGCCUGCUUGUGUUACAGAUGGAAUGAAACUGAGUGAAUGAGUUUCUUCUGAGCACACUCCUGCAAGCAAGAUGGUACCUUCCUACAAAUCAUGGCAAACAUGUUUCCCCAACUGGAUUACCAUCCACAUUGUGUCUGUCUGUCUGCACACUGUGUGGGUCCUGAUCUAAUUUGUGCACUACGAAGAUGUUCAGGGACUACCUAUUGGCAUUUCUGAAUAUGAGAUGGGUAAGCUGUGAGUCUGGCCUAUAGGACAACAGCCAUUCUUGAAGUAGAAUUUAUUGUAGAGUUGAAAACAGUUACCAAAAGAAAAUGAUUGCAUGAAGUAAAACUAAGAAAAUAUAUAGAUGAAAGUCAUAAAGGCUUCAGGACUAAGUGUUCAUUUUGUUAUUGAUGUUUUUGGCUAACAGAAAAAAAUAAGAAAAGUAUUUUAUUCUUACUAUAGAACCUGACAUACUGAAAUUUUCACAACAUUUGAAAUUUUGCAAUAUAAUUAAGAAAGCACAAAGGAUACUUUCAAAGUAUAUCUUAUUUAAUCUGAUGGUAUUGAUUCUACUCUCUCUUUUCGGAACAAUUACUUAAAAUCAAGCUAUAUAGCAGGUAUGGGCAAAUAUUAUUAGUUUUAUUCAUUCGGAAUCAUUUGAAGGUUACAAAGUCCAUAUAACUUGAGAGUUGACCCCACUGAACUAUCCUGCUUCUCAGUAAAUGAUUUGCAGAGAGGUCAUUGUUAAUUGCUAUCAUUUUUAAUUCAAAACUAUUUUGUUAUACUGUCAAAACAGAAACAUGAAAAUGAGGCACUGUGGUGUGCAGUCCCAAAUGUCCAGGGUUCAAAUGGUUGUCUCUUCGCUUUUUUUUAGAUAGUUCUGAUAACUUUUUAGCUUAUCGUUUUAUUUUUAACUCAAAAUUUGCUUUGUGUUUUGUGGGUGAUGUCAGGCAAUCACUGAAAAUUUCCAAAUAUUUGAAAUUUCUCUUCAUAAUGUAUCUACCAUUCAGGGCUCCUUAACAAAAUUUCUGCACACAUUUUCUGUUAGCCAAAAGAGUUUGUUAUGAGACACUUGAUUCGUUUUUCUUGGUGGGAGAGUGUUUCAUUUCUGGGAUAUUGCAUGUAAGUAGUAAUUAAAAUCCAAUUUACUGUUAACCCAAAAACAGCUUUUUAAACUGAUUUUUUUCCCCUUCCAGUUGGAAAAAUUAAAACACUAUUCCUAUGGACUGCCUACUUACAUGUGGUCUCUUAGGGAUAAACUGGAGUGGAACGCAAUGCUUUUGCAGAUGACUAUUUCUGUGUUUGUCUUAUUCCUAUUCUACCAAAACACAUGUUGAAAGAAGAAGCAGUAUGUUUAAUGUGUGUGCUUAAGGAGCAUAAUUUAAUUUGGAUGAAAAUUGUCUUUUAAGGUUGGGGUAAACUCAGACAGCAUUUGUUGACCACAUAGAGUAAAUUUGCAACCUUUCUCCCAUUUCUUGAGUUUGAUCCUACAGCGCUAGCAUACCCUAAGACUUCUUGCUGAGUUGCACAGAUAUAGUUUAUACAUUUUCAUGUUUUUUCAGAUAUGUAACUGCAACCAAAUGCAGCCUCCUGGCACAGUCCAGGAAGACGCUUAUCAUUUAAUUGUUGAACAUGCCGAAAUGAGUUGUCUGUCACACAUUGACUCUGGAGAAUGUAGAGAUUGAAAUUUCAGCCUCAUCCUAAGCACAGUUUUGGGGUAAUAUAUGGAAGACCGUGAAUUAAAUAAAUCUUAAUGUUAGCAUUUCAGUCUUAGAAAAUGAUAGCUUUGCCUCAAAUUGUAUGGCAUUUUGGAAUUGAGUUCAGUUGCACUGAACAUUUAAAACAUUUGGAAUACACAAAUAUUUUUAAAGCAGAUGAAACUCUUGCAUUGAAACCUUGCAGUUUUAUAUUUUUACGGAUACUAAAGGGAUUAUUGAUAGUAGGCAGCUGAAACCAUCCCAACACUUUAUAUUCCAUCAUUUCAAAAUCAGUAUUUCUGAAAUAAUUCCAGUUGUUAAAUUUUAUACCAAAAAGUUUUGCCAGUUGACGUUUGAAGUAACUUUGCAGAUUUGAAGGAUUUGUCAACAGUUUGUACAUUUCCCACUUGGUGACACACUAUUCCUCAAUGUAACUUUAAAGCACAAGUUUAUGGUACAUCAGCAAAUACACAAUCUUUGUACAAAAAUAUUUUUACAUGUUAGUGGUUGGAUUCAGAAGUCUUUCUCUUCUGUGCAUGCUAACAGUGUAGUCCUAUAUAUGUCUACUGAGAAGGAAACCAUGUUCAGUUCAAUGGGACGUACUUUCCACAUAAGUGUAUAGGACUAUAGCUCAAAAUCACAAAUUGCCUAAGACCCCAGUUAUAAAAGCUGUUGUUGUUGGGAUCUGGAAUUAGAUAUUACUGGAGCUGUUUUGCAAGCAUUGAAAGCUGUUGUAUCUGGUAACAUCUAGUGUAGAGGUUCUCAACUUUUGAACUUCCAACUGCUUUGAACUUCAACUUCCAGAAGACUGCCAGUAUGGCUAAUAAUGAGAUCCUAGGAAGUAAAAUCCAAAACAUCUGGAGGACCAAUAGUUGACAAACAUUGGUCUAGUACUAUAUAAUCCAAACUGGAUUGUUGUGAACAGGUCUAAGGAAUUCUUGGCCAUUUAACAUCCACGUGACUACAUGGUCCAUCCUCCAUUGGCCUUGACCUGAGCUUGGAAGAGUUAUUUUUCUGAACAAUUCCAUAAGUUCACCAAUCAGCAGGAACAUUGGCCAGCCUGAAAGCCAAUUCCAAAGAGUAACUUUUUCAAAUCUCUGCUCCUUAUGAUCCUUCAUUUCAACUGUUUCCGUUUGUGUGUACAAGUGUAUAUCCUCACAAUGAACAACCCUUGCUCAUGAUACUAGAUGUUAUGUGUUCUAGUACUAGAUAUCAGUACUAAAUAUUACAUGGAGAACCGGAAGAAUAAAAAAAAAACCCUGCAGCUUUCAAUAUUAAGGCACACAACUCCUAUUAAUACUAGUUCCAGCCCAACUGAUCCCAAAACAACACUUGUUGGGAGUUAAGCUGUAAAUAUGGGUAACAAAGCACCACAUUGUUACACUUCAAAUCCUGUUUUAAUUUUCAUUCCAGUUUUCUGAGAUUUUGUAGCCCACACUUUUAACAAAAAUGUUUCUACAUUUUUCUAUUCAGUCUGGAUAGCUUUCCAUGUUUGUGUAACUACUAUGGUACCAAUGGAUCUACUGCUAUAGUGUUAUCUUAAAAUUUUUAAGAUGUUAAAAGAGCUUGUGAAUAUAAUAAAAAAUAUUAAAAACUG